AUGGUGGGCAAAGGACAGAGCUUGGAAGCUCUGGACCCCUGCUGGCCAGGCCUGGUGGCUGCACCCCAUCGCGUUCCUGGCCUGUGGAUCCCAGGCCGAGAUCCUGCGACCACCGGCCAGGCCUCAGCUGCAGCCUCGCACCGCAGCACACGCAGCUCAGCUGCGGGGCCGGACUUCCCGCCGCUGGGACGGGGCUGGACCCUCACCUCCCUCACACCCACCCAGGGUGGCAUGUCAGGGAAGGCUGGUCCCGAGGGCAGCCUCGCCGAUCUGAACGGCAUAGAUUUGAUGCCUGUGCAGGACACGCCUGUGGCUUCAAGAAAGGAGGACACAUAUGUCCAUUUCAACGUGGACAUUGAGCUCCAGAAGCAUGUGGAGAAGCUGACCAAAGGUGCAGCCGUCUUCUUUGAAUUCAAGCACUUCAAGCCCAAGAAGAGGUUCACCAGCACCAAGUGCUUCACCUUCAUGGAGAUGGAUGAGCUCAAACCCAGGCUGAUUGUGAUUGAACUCUACAGGAAACCCAGUGACUUUAAAAGAAAAAAAUUAGUUAUUACCAAGAAACCACUUUAUCUUCACCUGCAUCAAACUUUGCACAAGGACUGAUCCUUACCUGAGCACCCUGGAACUCCUGUGAAUCUUACCAGCCAGUAGCAAGUGCCACAGCUCAGUAGGAUCUUCACUCUCUUGGGCAGGAAGUGGGCCGUGCCCACCCAGCAGGCCACUGAGUACCUGGCAUGGCCACAGUGUGGAACCGAGUCUGGCGUGUUGCAGAGCAAGUCCCCUUUGGGCCUAGGCUUACUGUAGGUGUGGGAACAUGCUCUUCUCUGUUAAGUGUGCUAUCCAUAGUCUGUUUUAUAAUUUGCCUCUGCCCCUACCCGGCUUCCCAGAACAGUGCUGUUGUGGGAGGCAUGCUCAUCUUCAGACCCCACCCAGCAACAAGAAUGUGCUUGAGUUUACACUCCUGCUCCCUGGGGCCGGGCUGUGUGGAGAGGCCCCCCGAGUGGGACGGGCUGCUGGACUUCCGGCUCUGAUGUUCCGUGUGGAAUAGUGUGCCUUGCCUAAAUCAGUGUCUCCAAGUGGUGGCUGUGAUUUUUUCCCCAGAUAACCAGAUUAUUUUUCUGAAAGUGACAUAUUUUAAUCAUGUUGAUUACCUAUUUUACAUCACAUUGUUAUUUCUUCUGAUGAUUUUAGAGUUAAUAUUGGAAGCAUCUCAAUAAACACACCUUUUUAGAUGGGUU